AUGGCGACCGCGGCGACGGUGGCGGCGGAGGUCGCUGCAGCGGCGGCUGCGGCGGCGGAGGCUGCGGCGGCGACCGUGGCGGAGGCGGUGGCGGAGGCCUCCGUGGCGGAGGUGGAAGCAGAAGUGGAGGCUGAGGUGGAGGCCGAGGCCUCGGCGGCCGCGGCGGAGGCCAGCCUGGCGGAGGCGGCGGCCCUGGCGCGGAAGAAGGCGGAGGCGGUGGCAGCCACCGAGGCCAGCCUGGCGGAGGCCAGCCUCCGGGGGGCCAGGGGCGCCGCUGCGGAGGCUGCUGCGUCGCCUUCCUACGGGAGGGUGGACAUGGAUGAGGAGCUGGCGGCGGCCUUGGCUGCAGAAGAGGAAGAGGCGGCGGCAGGGGUCUCCAACAGACACCCAGACUUUCCCACGGCCUCGCUCUACGUGGGCGACCUGCACCCCGACGUGACCGAGUCCAUGCUGUACGAGAAGUUCAGCCCCGCCGGGCCCAUCGUGUCCAUCCGCAUUUGCAGGGACAAGAUCACCCGGCGCUCCCUGGGCUACGCAUAUGUCAACUACCAGGAAGAGCUGGACGCCAAGCGGGCCCUGGAGACCCUGAACUUUGACGUUAUCAAUGGCAGGCCGGUGCGCAUCAUGUGGUCCCAGAGGAACCCGUCGCUCCGCAAGAGCGGGGUGGGCAACGUCUUCAUCAAGAACUUGGGCAAGACCAUCGACAACAAGGCGCUAUACAACAUCUUCUCGGCCUUUGGCAACAUCCUGUCCUGCAAGGUGGCCUGUGACGAGAAGGGGCCCAAGGGCUACGGGUUCGUGCACUUCCAGAAGCAGGAGUCGGCCGAGCGGGCCAUAGAUGCGCUGAAUGGAAUGUUCCUGAACUACCGCAAGAUUUUCGUGGGGAGGUUCAAGUCCCACAAGGAGAGAGAGGCCGAAAGGGAAGAAGCCUGGGCCAGCCAGUCCACCAGUGCUGACUUCAAGGUUUUCGAUGAUGACUCCGAUGACGAGGCCACCUUUCGAUGAAGACAUCCCAGGCCCCAGCCAGUAGAGCCAAAUCUUGGCUCCCACCCCGUUUACAGCCCCCCACCCCACCCCAACCCACCAGCAGUGUAUUGUAUUGGGAGUGCAGGUUUCUCUCUCCCUCUCCCUCCUUCUUCACCCUUCCCCCUCCCUUCCUCCCCCUCCCCUCCCCCUUCCCUCUUUCCUUCUCUCCCUCUCCUGCCCUCUCUCCCUCCCCUCUCCUCCCCUUCCCCCCUCCCCUGCCAGCGCCAGCUAGCUGCCCCAUCCCCUCUCUGCUCUCCGCCCCCUCCCCCUCCAGCUGCUUCUGUCCUCUCCCUCUCUUUCUCCCCACCUCCAGAAAGCUCCCCUGCCCCAAUAAUCCCACUAAUCUGUGCCAUUUGAGAGGUUAAAGGCUGCCUCUUCUCCCUGUGGUCAGUCUGAUUCUUAAAAGCGUUCUCUGUCUCUUUGUUUACUGCGCAGGUGAUGCAAUUCCGUGGUAGAAAUAUCUGGAAGGAGAAGGAAGUCUGUCUGAUGUGGGAGAAAGAACCAAGAGUGCAAUUGCUUCCCAUCAUCCUAAUACUCAGAGAGAACCUCUUUUACUUUCUUUGGUGUGCUGUUUUUCCAGGCUCUCUGCUACCCCUUUCUCCCCCUCUCAUCCCAGACCCACCUUCCCUUUUAACAUAUUCUUGUAGAGUGGUUCAUGUGCGUGGUGUUUCUUAACCUGCUUUUUUCAGCGACUAAAACCAAACAGAAGUCAACGCGUUGAACUUCUUUCCAUGCUAUUCAACAGGCUUAUGGAACGUCAUCUUCAGUGCCUGCAGAGUGCCCCUGUGUAUCCAUGGACCUUAACAUUUCUGUAAUCAUUCCCGCAUUGUUGGACAUUCAGGUGGUGCCUAGUUCUUUCCCUGUGUUUAAAACCAACACUGCGUGCCCUGAUGAGCGAAUCCUUCCUUGUCAAGCCAAAUCUAGGCUAGCAUCCUGGAUGCUCUCUCCUUAACUGUGGACUUGCAGCAUCCACAUAUAGACGUUUCAAAGACUUCCCCUGUGUGUUGCCAAAAGGCUUCCCUUUCAUAAGCAUUGUACCAGUUUGUAUUUGUGCCAGCCAGCCAGUGCAGCUAGUAAAAAGAAGAAAAAAAAAAUAACCCAGUAUGCCCAUCUCCCUUGCACAGUCUCAUGGUCCACUGUAACUCGUGUGUGUGUGUGUGUGUGUGUGUGUGUGUGUGUGUGUGUGUGUGUGCAGCGUCAUGAGCUGCAAAUGGUAUUUCACUGUCGUUAUUUCACUGGAAUUGAAAGCUGUUAAUCACCCCUUUUCUGCUUUCCUGCUUCCUUUCCUUUUCCCUCUUGCCAGAAAAAUACAUCAGCUAUGUUGCAGGAAAAAAAAUCUCUAAGUAGAUGAUUUAACCUAAGAAAUUGAAUGCUAUCAGCAAUCAGUCCUAAUGACUCCCUUGCCUUCUUGACUUGUACUCAUUUGUAUGUGCUCAGUGUUUUUCAAGAACUAUCUGAGACAUUUUUCCUUGUUGCUCCAGUAUUGUUCUUAUGCAUUGUCAUAUAUGUAUAUUAUAAUGUACAUAUUGUUUUUAUAUCUGCUUUUCAUGUGUGUAUGUGUGUAUAUGCACACAGAUACCUGAGCUUCAUUUCCUGUCAUUAAAGAUACUUUUAAAAUACUUUUUUUGGCUGUUGGUACUUAAUUUGUGUCUUGGAUAAUGUGUUUAAUAUGAAUGUAGAGGUUGAUAGAUUCAUAAAUGUUCAUACAUAUUCAUGUUUAUAUCCAUCUGUUUUGUGUUUAUGUAUAUUUUAACUCUGUACAUUCUUGUGCAUCAACUUUGGUUACAGUCAAGAUUAUUUCCUCACCAAAUGCCUAGAAGAAGUUUCAAGUAUUAAAGGUAUAUGUUACUUCUCUGUGCAAGAAAAGUACAUUGUUUAAUGGCUCUACUUAAUGAUAGUAUGUUUUCUUCCUUAGGCUGGUCCAGGCCUGAGUGUCUCAGAUCUACAAUUAGAAUCAUCUCUGCAUUUCUGUAUUUGGCUUUUCUUUUAAAAGGUUGAAG